CAGAGAAGGAGGAAAAAUGUCGCUGUCUCCGACGCGGACCGUUCUAGGAUCAGUGUCCUUUUAGGAAAAAUCACACGGCAAUUCGAUUGAAACCUCUUCUGUGGUGUUGCCAUGAGUGAUCAUAACCUUUACGAAACCAUACAAAGAAAGUAAAAUGUUCUAACCGCUCAAAUGUGGGAGGUUUUACCUGGACUAUAACUUCCCAUUUUGCCAGGUCAGCUUCAACCAUAACCAUUUAAAAAGUGAAGGGUAUACUGUAACACUACAUGGGCCUCUUAGGUGACCUGAUCUGAUAAUUACAGCCUCUAGAGCCUCGUCCUUCAGCUAAAAGGUCAAAUUUCAGCAAAGACAUGGACCCAUCUGCCAGGAUGGUGAGUCUGGACGCCCAGGGGAACAUGGUUUUCACUGUGGUAAAGCCGGUCAUGGGCAUCUUUCAGGUUUCUUCAGAGCAAGCCGGCGGUGUAGCACAAGGGGGCAUGGGUCUGCAGGGUUUAUCUGAAAACACACUGGUCCUCCCUCAAGUGCAAGGCCAGGCUCCGCUAGAUCAGAACCAGGUGGAAAUGCACACCGUACAGCCUCAUGUUCAGCCCCAGAUGCAGGUUUCUGGCCCGGUCGUCCAGACUGAGGACGUGUCUCAGAAUCAGGAGCCGCCACCAAACUCAAGCACACAUUCAGAGUCCAGUACCCACAUGCCAUUUGCAGAGGUGUCGUCACUCCUGGAUCCCAACAUGAAAGGAUCUAAAGCUCGGAAGUAUCUGAUCUCGUACGAUGAAAUUAAACGGCGCCUUCAGGCCCCGGAGAAGAUGUCGCUGCGCUCCUUGGCAGCAUACACUCGGGUCAGCCGAGGACCAGCCAGCAAGAAAACGCUGCUAGAGUCGCUCAAUGUACUCGGCCUCACGCCAAGCACAACUACCUCGGUUUCCUCCUCGUUCUCCAAACUCACGGAAGGCGACACCAGGGCUUUGUGUGACGAUAUGAAAGAUUUCGCCCACGACUACAUUGACUACGGAAACAUGGCUAAACAGCUCAUCCCAGAGACAAAUACAGUUCAACACUGGUCCAAAAUUAUUGAAACUAAGAACCACCUCGAGGAUAUGAGAAAAUGUUUCAACGACCCGGUCAACAGUGGCGCGUUCGACAGCGUCACUCAUGGACUCGGUCUGGGAAUGUUAGAUGUUGCACUGGACAUGAUCAUCAUGGUGAUUGAGCAGCAGAUUCGCAUCUUGUCCGGUGCAGCGGCGUCGGACCCUGCUGACUCCGGGCCGGCGUCGAGGCGUAUCCGCAGGCGCCACCGCAAAGCCCGCUCAGCUGAAAUGGAGAAGGCUCACAAGUUGUCGGAAGGGGUCAAAGAGCAAGGGAAGGUCAUUUCAAAAGGCAAGGGGCGGGGCAAAGCCAGGAAGAAAAUAAGACAGGAAACUGGAGGUGUUGUUCCCGUGGAAACUCAAGCAGAGCAGUGCAAGCCGGAUGAUGUGGAGAGUAACGUCCUCACCCUGGUUUCUGUAGGAUAUGAGACUGUUUCCAGUGGUCUGAAUGCAGCCGGAACUGUUUGACACCGGGUCACAUGACGGGUCUAAAGAACCAAUCAUAGUCCCAUUCAAAGGGAUGCUCAGCAACGGGACACGAGCUCUGCACAAGCUGAGUUGGGUGGAGCUCCCGUGAAGGUGAUCACAGGUUGUGAUGAGCUCAGCAUCAGAGUAUAAUGUCACAUUUUGGAGUCACACUUAUGUCGCCGGAGCUAGCAGGCGGUUAGCUUAACUAAGCAUGCAGACUAGAAACGGGGAAAGAGCUAGGCCUGGCUCUGUCUACAUGUGACGAAAUCCACCUACCAGCAACUCUAAAGCUUAUUAAUUAAGUUUUAUAUGAGGUUAGGUGCAGGACUAUUUCUUGGCUGUAAAAUGCUGAAUUGUCAUUUUUACACUUUAUCAUACAUUUUUUUUGUUAGAAAGC